GGGUGUGGUGAUUUCGGGCGAAGACUAAGUCAAGUCCUCUUAGUUUGCUGGCAGCACCUGUUAACCUGCAAGUUUCCCUCAUAAUAUCUCCUGCGGUAUAUUUUUUCAAUUUUCUUUUUCGCGGACCAUGUGUAGAAUUUGAAAGUGGAUAUAUAAUCUACAAGCGGGAGAAGCAGAGAAAGGGGACUGUCCAAAGCGCAGUGCAGGUGUCAGCUGGUUCGCGGACUGAUCAAAACCGAAGAGGGACAAUGAGCGAACUGGAACAGUUGCGACAGGAGGCGGAGCAACUGCGGAACCAAAUCAAAGAUGCGCGGAAAGCUUGCAGCGAUUCCACCCUCUCUCAGAUCACCGCCGGUCUGGACUCCGUUGGGAGGAUUCAGAUGCGGACAAGACGCACCCUUCGAGGUCACCUGGCCAAAAUCUACGCCAUGCACUGGGGCUCUGACUCCAGGCUUCUUGUCAGUGCCUCUCAGGACGGAAAACUGAUUAUCUGGGACAGCUACACGACGAAUAAGGUGCACGCCAUCCCGCUGCGCUCCUCCUGGGUGAUGACGUGUGCCUACGCGCCUUCCGGAAACUACGUGGCCUGCGGGGGCCUGGACAAUAUCUGCUCCAUCUACAGCCUGAAGACGCGGGAGGGCAACGUGAGAGUCACGCGGGAGCUUCCAGGGCACACAGGAUAUCUGUCUUGCUGCCGUUUUCUGGAUGACAAUCAGAUAGUUACCAGCUCUGGAGACACCACCUGUGCAUUGUGGGACAUCGAGACGGGCCAGCAGUCGACCACCUUCACGGGCCACAGCGGAGACGUCAUGAGCCUGUCCCUGAGCCCUGACUUUAAGACCUUCGUGUCGGGUGCCUGUGAUGCCUCCGCCAAGCUGUGGGACAUCCGGGACGGCAUGUGCAGACAGUCAUUCAUCGGCCACGUGUCCGACAUCAACGCGGUAUCCUUUUUCCCCAACGGGAAUGCCUUUGCCACGGGCUCGGAUGACGCCACCUGCAGGCUGUUCGACCUCCGCGCGGACCAGGAGCUCAUGAUGUACUCCCACGACAACAUCAUCUGCGGCAUCACCUCGGUGGCCUUCUCCAAGAGCGGGCGCCUCCUGCUGGCCGGAUACGACGACUUCAACUGCAACGUCUGGGACACGCUGAAAGGAGAGCGUGCAGGUGUCCUGGCCGGUCACGAUAACCGUGUUAGCUGUUUAGGGGUAACGGAUGACGGAAUGGCUGUUGCCACCGGCUCUUGGGACAGUUUCCUCAGAAUCUGGAAUUAACAGGACCGACGGUGAGGGAUUGGGGGCGGGAGGGUUGGGGAGGGGGGGUCAGAGGUCACUGCUCCGGGCCACAGCUGUGUGUCACAUUCUUUCUACCUGUCCAGGUGAACUUUUUUUUUGUACUCCUGUAUGACACAAAGCUUUCAGUAUGUAGUCCAGUCAGCUGAAGAGGUGAUCUUCAGAAAGACCCCAUUGAGUUGUAUUUUUUUUUGUAUUUUUUUUUUUGCAGGGACAAGUUUAACAUUGUUAUUCAGCCGCUCAUUGUAUGACACGUACUGCAUCGUAUCGGCAUAUAUACCCCAUGUAUAUAUGCGCGUAGAGUGCAGAGGCAUUGUGCGGAAUCCCUGUCGUCUAGUUCAUUUAUCUCUCUCCAUUUUCAGUGUGCGUAAUGUAUUCAGUACUAGCCAAUGCCAACCAUCUGACAUUCAUAUGCAUUAUAAAACAUGCAAACAUACUAAUGUUGCGGCGAUACACGUGGAAAUAUAAUAUUAAUAUCAGUAUUAAUAUUAUAUUUAGUGAACAUUUCCACAAAAAAGAAACUGUUUUCACUUGACCUGCAAUGGUGCACUGUGGUUGUUAGACCUGUUCCCAGGGAGAUGCUUCUCAGUAAUUUUCUUGUUAAUUUUUGUGUUAAACUGACGCUGUUGGAUUUUUUUCCCUCCCCUCUUCCUCACUUGUUUCGUAUUCCAUCUGUAUUCCAGUAUUGCCCAUCCCCUUGUCUCAAAAUGCCACUAUGUCCGCAGUGCCGGGCGGAGACCUCAUGGCUUCGGCCGCGGUUGAAGGUCAUGUCAUGCAGAUGUUGCAUUCAGAAGGAAAAAUCAUCAGUGUUUUAUGCAAUAAAGCUUCUAUAGCUGGAGGUUUGCCGUCCGUCCCCCCCCCCUUAAUGAUAUCUAUGUCAGUCUGGUGUCUGGCUGAGAAUCACCAAAAAACACCCAAGGCUAUGACUGCCACCCCCCCCUCCCCCCAAAAGGGCAUAUUGUAGCUUGAGAGAUGAAAAUACCCAUAAUGCACUAGAUACACUAACCUCUCUUGGGGGGGGACUCCUUGGGGAGGCGAGUAGCGGGGGCAGCCUGGGGCUCACAGCCAUAUGCAUUUUAAUUAUUUUUUUUUAUGACCGGACAUGGCAAUAAUUCACACCAAAUUAGAGCAGAAGAUGGAAGGCACUAUUUGGGGAAGUGUGCCAGCCUGUGGAGGGACCGUACACGUUUGACCCCCACCACCUAUGAAAAUGCAUGUCCUAAGCGUGGCCUUGUGUGCAGGCCUGCAUACUGCGUACAGCAGGCCGUCUCCGGCAUAAGCAGGCAGGUACAGCAGAGAAGGCAUUGCUAACUGGAGGACCCCUGUUUCAGACACAGGCUCCUGUUGUAAGGCCUUGCUAGAGACACUGCCUUAAGACCUUGUGUGCAGGCCUGCAUACAGCAGGCCGCCUCUGGUAGAAGCAGAUGGGUGCAGCAGAGAAGGCAUCGCUAACUGGGGGACCCCUGUUUCAGACGCAGGCUCCUGUUGUAAGGCCUUGCAAGAGACACCGCCUUAAUUGCCUUUAACAGCCUGAAUUCCAGACCAGUGGUGUCGCUGCUAGACCUGGGCAGAAUUGCACACAUUACACGGCACACUCACACAUACACAAGCCUUGACUUUGGUAAACCAUAUAUAUGUGUACUCUGUAUACUUGUACUCCAGUGUUAAUGCCGCUCUCUAUACGUUGUGUGUGUUUACAGACAGUCCCGACUCACUUAAAUGUACAUGCCUUUCGGAGUCUGCGUCUGUCUAGUUUGUGACAUAAUCGCUCGAAACCACACUCUGCCUUAAUAUGAGGUUCCCACGCCAUCUGCUGUGUGCUCAGUUCACCACCUCAGGCUUAUAGCCUACCUGAUCCUCGCACGACUCUGCCCUCUGCUGGUCAUCUGUGAAGCUGCAGGUAACAGUCUUGGCAAAGUUUUUUUUUUUUUUUUUUUUUUUUUUUUUUUUGAACGAGCCAUCGAAGCUGACAGGCCAUGUAAACUAUCCCACCCACCCCCAGAAGAGAUUUCCCUUGCUCAAAUACAGCCCCUGCCAUUGUAUUAACAGCAAGUCCACAGUAUAUGUUGGUGCUAGGGAGCCACGGUGUUAAUUGUGCCAUAUAAGAUUUAAGUGUUCAGAUUGACCUGGGGUGAGGUAUUGAACUGUCAAACACUAAAGAAAUGGAGAGUGAGAGGAUUAUACAAGAAAACCAUAUUUGCCCAGAAGUAAGUAGUUGGCUUGUGGCAAAGAAGUUUUGGGCCAUUUUGAUAUGUUAGUAUCUUGUGUUAGAUUGUUCGCUGCAGUCAGGACAAAUUUAUUGUAUUUAUUGAUUACACACAAGUCUUUACAGUCUUAGUAAUUCACUUGAGAUUAGUUUUAGCUGUACUGCCCAUUCUGCUUCUAACAAAUAUUUCUGAAAGCAGAAUAUGGCAUUCCACAGAGGAUGUCAGUGGCUCGCGUUUGACAGUUCUGUGCUGAAAGUAUUUUAUUUUUUUUCUGUGAUGUGGUAUCUAUCAGCAGCGACUCAGUCUGCGGGUCCCUUUCGUCUCCGCGUAGAAAAGUGCCACAAUGUCUGAUGGAGGUGUAGCGUGGAGGUUACUUGCUGGCUCUUGCGUGGUGUCUAACCAAACAACGUGCCUGGUCACAACACUGCUCACUCUUCGCUAUCCUUUUUUAAACCCCCCCUACCCCCGUAUACAUCAGAUAUUUUGGUGUUCCACACCUGCCGGUUUGCAUUCGCUUCAUUGAUUUGUGGCUGGUUGUGUAAGUAACUUGCGAUUGGCGGACAGUGACCAUAUAGACAUGGACAGAGGGCAUUUUACCAUAACUAUAUUAAAUCGGCAAACGCCGAACAAGCUCCAGAUAAUGACGUUGUUGUAGGUGCCAAUGAAAGGUUCUCCCCAAGCAAGGAAUGCUUUUGGUAAGCAGUAGUUCCAAUGAGAAGAUGCUUUUGCUUUUUGAAUGAAACCGGCUGUCUGUCAUUGAAGAGUUCUGCGUCCAAUGCAACAGUGUUAGGCUUUAAGGAGAAUUAAUGGUUUUAAAUUGAAUUUAAAUUGAAUGUCUUGCUAGGAGCUGGGGCACCAAUUUUCUUUAACUUUCCUGUGUUCUCCCCUUUUGAUUUCUUUGUGUGUGUGUGUGUGUGUGUGUGUGUAUAUGUAUACACACACACACACACACACUCUAACAUGCUGUCAUAGAACUUCAGCUCCAGGCAGCAUUGACCCUGCAAUGUGGCCCAAGUAAGUUUUUAGAUGUCAUGUGAUUUUUUUUUUUUUUUUUUUUUUUUUGGAGGGGGGGAGGGCCCUGGCGAGUGAAAGGAAGAUUUACAUUUUGUCCCAUUUCUGGCUUUAUGUAAUUACUUUCUUCCCCUUCACAAAACACAUUGACCUUUAGUAAUAAUCCUUUUUUUUUUUUUUUGCUUUUAUGUUUUUCUUUCUUUCUUUCCUUUUAUUUAUUUUUAUAUUUGAGCCAGUCAAAUCCAGGGACUUGGUGCCAUGAGUUCUUACAAUGCUGUUGUCAGUUUAUAAUCACUUGCUAUGAUUUUUUAUUUUUUUUUGUCUUCACACCAGUUUAUUUUGUAUUUGUACAGUGGGUCAGUGAUACUGUAUGUUGCUAUGAAUUGAUAUUGUAACCAAUAAAAUGCUUUUAACCAAGA